AUGGAUAAAACUGAAUUAGUGUCAGAGCUAAAGAGCUGGUGCCGUGGUGAGGGUGUCGAUGAGACUCAUGCGCUGAUGACCUUCGUCCCAGAAGAAGUGGAGAUCAGUGUCAUUGAAGAAACCCUUCAAACUAUCAAGUCACUUGGACGGGUGCGUGUCCGUGGGAGGAACUUUUGUGCUAGACUAAAUUGUCGGAUGGUCUUGUGCGAGAGUAGAGAGACUAUUAAGGAAGGGAGUGUUCCUCCUGAAGUGGUCCCUAGUGAUGGUGGAGAGGCAUGGCCUAUUAUCAUCAUAAGAGAAGUGGAGGCAGCUGCUGAUACGUUUAAUAGUAAACUAAAGGGCUUGCUGCAGGCUGAAGGAAAAACAAUGGAGGACCUAAAAUCCUUAUGCCCUAGUGCAUCCCCGCCCACAAGCUCCACUGAAUCUAUCCUUCGUGUUGUUGGUGAUUUGUUGGAGAAGACCACAAAACCAGCUGAUGGUGGGAGCUAUUGCCGACUACGCAUGUUCUCAGGAGCUCUGCCAACCCCGCCAGGUGAGGAACCGUUUGACCACUGGCUAGAGCAAGCAUGGAUUAUGGUGGAGGAGUCCGAGUGCUCUGACAGGGAGAAAAGACGCAGGCUGAUGGGAAGCCUAAAAGGGCCCGCGCUAGAAAUCAUAAAAGCAGUGCGGCAUGCCAACCCCGAUGCCACCCCAAAAGAGUGUUUGGAUGCCCUUGAAAGUGCGUUUGGAAGUGCGGAGUCUGGGGAUGAUCUCUAUUUUGCCUUCCGAUUGAUGCAACAGCAAAGCUCAGUGCGGUAG